CUGUAUCCAAGCCUCCGUACCGUAUCUGAGGGAAACGACCAUCAUCAGUAUAUCCGCGCUGCUACUGCGUCAGGCCUCCAUCGUCGUCUUCAAGACCCGUCUGUAAUCUAACAAACCCAAAGCAAUGGGAAAGGAAAAGCUACACAUCAAUAUAGUGGUCAUUGGCCAUGUGGAUUCUGGGAAGUCCACCACCACUGGACACCUCAUUUACAAGUGUGGUGGCAUUGACAAGAGGACCAUUGAAAAGUUUGAAAAGGAGGCUGCUGAGAUGGGUAAAGGUUCUUUUAAGUAUGCAUGGGUUCUGGAUAAGCUGAAGGCUGAGCGGGAGCGGGGUAUCACAAUCGAUAUUUCCCUCUGGAAGUUUGAGACCAGCAAGUACUACGUCACCAUCAUUGAUGCCCCGGGACACAGAGACUUUAUUAAGAACAUGAUCACUGGUACCUCACAGGCGGACUGUGCCGUACUGAUCGUGGCAGCAGGCGUGGGCGAGUUUGAAGCUGGCAUCUCAAAGAACGGUCAGACCCGAGAGCAUGCCCUGCUGGCGUACACGCUCGGUGUGAAACAGCUGAUUGUUGGCGUGAACAAGAUGGACUCCACAGAACCUAAUUACAGUCAGAAACGCUAUGAGGAGAUUGUGAAGGAAGUCAGCACCUACAUCAAGAAGAUUGGCUACAACCCUGACACAGUGGCCUUUGUGCCAAUAUCUGGCUGGAAUGGAGAUAACAUGCUCGAGGCUAGCCCAAAUAUGACCUGGUUUAAAGGCUGGAAGAUCAACCGCAAAGAAGGGAGCGUCUCAGGAACGACUCUGUUGGAGGCCCUGGAUGCCAUUCAGCCUCCAACGCGGCCAACUGACAAACCACUGCGCCUCCCACUCCAGGAUGUUUACAAGAUUGGAGGUAUCGGUACAGUCCCGGUCGGUCGUGUUGAGACCGGCAUGUUGAAACCCGGCAUGGUCGUGACAUUUGCCCCUGUGAACGUGACCACUGAGGUUAAAUCUGUAGAGAUGCAUCAUGAGGCCUUGUCUGAGGCACUGCCAGGUGAUAACGUCGGAUUUAAUGUGAAAAACGUCUCCGUUAAGGAUAUCCGUCGUGGGAACGUUGCGGGAGAUAGCAAGAAUGACCCACCACAAGAAGCUGCUAGCUUCACAGCACAGGUCAUAAUCCUGAACCACCCCGGCCAGAUCAGUGCUGGUUAUGCUCCAGUGCUGGACUGCCACACGGCCCACAUUGCCUGCAAGUUUGCUGAGCUGAAGGAGAAGAUUGACCGUCGUUCAGGGAAGAAGCUAGAGGACAACCCCAAAUCGCUUAAGUCUGGUGAUGCUGCUAUUGUGGACAUGAUCCCGGGCAAGCCCAUGUGUGUGGAGAGCUUCUCAGAGUACCCACCUCUCGGACGCUUUGCUGUACGUGACAUGCGUCAGACGGUGGCAGUGGGUGUCAUUAAGGGAGUGGAAAAGAAGACGUCCACUUCAGGGAAGAUCACCAAGUCUGCCCAGAAGGCCCAGAAGAACAAAUGAAUAUUGUGCAGGGCUGCAACCUCUCGAGUCAGCCACAGCAGAAUCCACGUCAUCCAUCCACUCCUUAGCUUAAUAGUCAAAGCCUGGCAAAUUAUCACAAUGCAUCGCAAAAGUAGACGAAGGAAAAAAAAACACAAACGCAUUAACAGUGAUGAAGUUAAUUAAUAUAUUGUACCAUCGUAUUUAUGGCUUUAAGUUUCUAGUCUGAAUUGUCAGUUGAUGUUCUGUGGAUAUUUAUCAGCACCUUAGAUGAUUGAGAGGAAAAUCUAUUUGGAGUGAUUCUAUCCCCUCUGCUUAAUGUGCAAUAGUCUAAUAACCUUUAUUAGUCCUGACCAGCCAUGUAGUUAACGUUGCUAAUGUGAAUUGGCAUGCAAGAGCAAUCAGCCUUUUCUGCUUAUUGCAGUAAAGGACCUUUUUUUUCUUUUUCCAACUAAUGCCUUUAGGUCCAUGUUGAGCUGAUGUGUCGUGACGUAGCUUUAAAAGUGUCUUUUCUGGCUGCAUGCAUGAUGCUACCCUAGCUAGCGCACUUUACAGAGACUCCCUUAGCACUUUGAGAAAGCAUGAGCUAAAUAUUGUGCACUUGCACUCAUGUACUUUAACAUAUGGGCAUAAUUUUCUCCAUAAGCU